AACUUGAAACAUCUCUUCAAUAAUUGAGUUUCUCUCCAUCACUUGUCUUAGAAAAUCAAUCAUGAAGAGAUCUACAGACAGACUGUUUAGAAUUUUUAUGGUUCUUUUGGCUGCUGCAAUUGUCAGUGGUUCUAUUGUGGUUCUAUCAAUUUAUUUAGUCACGAGAGACUCAAAUGAAGGAUUAACUGAAGGUCCACCUACCACAGCAGGCCCUCAAAGUACUUCAUCAACCACAGAGAAUCCACAAAUUGCUCAAAAAUCAGCAAUUGUUACAAAUGGACUAGAAUGUGCAGCAAUUGGAAGAAAGAUCUUCGAACUCGGUGGUAAUGUCGCGGAUGUAGCUGUGUCUGUAGUUCUAUGUGAAGGCAUAACAUGUCCACAAUCGUCAGGCAUUGGCGGUGGAUUUUUCUUAACAUUUUACUCAAAAGCUAAUGGAACUGUAAAGACAUUAAAUGCACGAGAACGAGCACCAGCUGCAGCUACCGAAGACAUGUUUGUUGCAAAUCCAAUAGAAUCACAAAGUGGCGGAAAAUCAGUGGCCGUUCCUGGUGAAAUUAAAGGUUUAUGGGAUUUGCAUCAAAAUUAUGGAAGUUUGAAGUGGAAAGACUUGUUGCAUCAUGUGAUUGAGCUGUGUCGAGAAGGUCAUGAAGUUUCUAGAUAUUUGGAAAACAUUUUCAGGAACAAUGAGGCUAGAAUCUUUGGAGAACCAAGUUUGAGGGAUGUCUACAUCAAUCCACAGACUAAUCACACUUAUAGACUAGGUGAGAAGAUCAAAAGACUGAAACUAGCUGAGACACUAGAAGUUAUAGCUCAAGAAGGUGUUGACUCGAUCUAUGGUGGUGGAAGUAUUGGCACUAAGAUAGUUGAGGAUGUUCAGAGUAGGAAUGGGAUACUGACAAUUGAGGAUUUAAUGAAUUAUGAAGUCGAAUGGUCCACAUCCUAUUCAACCACGAUCAUCAACAACCACACUCUCCAUACCUUCCCAUUACCUAGCAGUGGAGCUUGUCUAGUCUUUAUCUUCAAUCUUCUUCGAGAUUAUGAGCUUAAGCAUGAUGCCUUAACAUACCACAGAAUUGCUGAAGCUUUCAAAUUUGCCUACGCAAAACGAACUCACCUUGGUGACGAUCACACAGAUGAAAUUAAGGAAAUGAUUGACAAUCUCACAAAUCAAGCUUAUGCUGAUGAGAUAAGGAAGCUUAUCAAUGACACAAAAACUACAAAUGAUAUAAAAUAUUACGGACCACUUUACACUGAUGUUGAGAAUCACGGAACAGCAAAUGUUGGAAUAUUGGCGCCAAAUGGAGAUGCUAUUGCAGUCACAAACAGUAUUAAUUACUUACUUGGUGCCUUUUUCAGAUCAGAACAAACUGGAAUUAUUAUGAAUAAUCAUAUGGAUGACUUUUCAACACCUGGUGCUCCUAAUAUUUAUGGAAUUCCACCAUCACCUGCUAACUUUAUUAAGCCAGGAAAAAAUCCAUUGUCGUCGAUGAUUCCGAGUAUGGUAAUUGAUGGAAAUGGGGAUGUUAAAAUGAUAGUCGGUGCAGCCGGUGGCUCACGCAUCCCAACUGGAGUCUUCGCAGCCAUUUUCAAUCAUCUCUACCUGAACAAAACCCUUGUAGCUGCUCUAGAUGCCAGACGACUUCAUCAUCAGCUGACUCCACUUGAUUUACAAUAUGAAUCUAAUUUUGAUUCAGAGAUUAUGAGAUUAUUAAAUGAGCAGUAUGGACAUACAUUAAGAGAGAAUCUUCCUGACGGUGGAUUUGCUGCUGUGACAGCGAUAUCUGUGGAUGAUGGAGAUAUUGUUGCUUCGUAUGACUCGAGGAGAGGUGGUGGAGUUGAGGUGUUUUAGGUUAGCGUUAGCUGCUAGUUUUGCCAUAAUAGAAUAUGUAACUAGGGUAUAUAAAACAUAAAGCAGCCAGUCUAAAGCUGGGUUAAAAAAAAAGGUUC